AUGGCUGCCGGUGGCACCGACCCCGCAGGUCGACAGAUCUAUACCUGCCAACUCGAUCAUGUCCCUGAGAAACCCUACCAGUACAAGGUAUGGGUCGACGACAAGUGGGUCUUAGAUGACAAUAUGCCCAUUGCGCAAGACCAGUCCGGCAAUGUCAACAACGUCGGAUAUGCUGAGCAUGUCUCCCAAGAACCUGUUACGGAUCCAGCUAGGGGCCACAACGAUUUACAGAGGGCCGAGAACCAAAAUAUCCUUUCGCCUCCUGUCAACCUCUCGCCUCGCCAGAGUGGGCACGCACAGACAGGAAUAACAUCGACUACCAGGGAAGCCCGAGCGGGGCGAGAGCGUUGCGAAGAACGCCAACAUCAUGUCGAGCCUGGCACCGACGCGGAGCAGCAGGCGCCAUUGCUCCGCCAUGAGAGUUUCCAAGACGAGUCAAAGAGAGCUCGGAAUGAAGACAACCUUAGACGCGGCUUACGUCCGCAGUCACCGCCUAUGUCCACGAUCGAGGAAGAGCCGGCCACAAGCUCGGAUAACGGAGGUUCAGAUUCGCAGCCAGAGACGCCCUCAACCAUUGAACAAGCAAGGGAGUACCAACGUGCUCUGAUUGAAGCCAUGCCUACCAGCAUUGCUGAUGGCUUUACCCGAGCAUCUGUUCUCCUUCCAGUGCGAACGCCUAAUGAGGCUAGUGAUUUCGCUAAUGCCCCGCUUAUGCGACAUGAGACGAUCAACGGGCCGACAAAUAUGGGCGGUGAGCAUCGAUCAGAUGAACAAGACGAGCUAUCGCAGGCACCCCUCAUGCGCCACGAGACCGGCCUCGAACACGUCGAUGGUAUCCAGAGCCACGACACAGAUGAGCUCGAGCAAGCUCCUCUUAUGCGGAUUUCGUCUUCAGCAGAUGACGGGCCUGGCGAAUUUGAUCAGGCUCCUCUGAUGGGGCACGAACGUACUGCUGUAUCUCCGGGAAACGAGUCUUCUGAUGAGUUUGAUCAGGGUCCACUGAUGCGAUUCGAGACCAACCUUGAGUAUGACGCUGCACCUGCCGAGACCCCAGGUCCUCGCUUGUCAUAUGGGACAACACUUGUCGAUGAAGAUGAUGACGAUACCGUUGACGGUGCCGACGAUGAAUUCGGAAAUGUUCCUUUGAUGCGAUUUGAGACUGGGCCUGGCCGUUUCCACGGUUCGGAGCCGAGUACUCGGAGCAGCACCUACUCGGAACGUAUGAUGUUCCCCAUGGAUAACUCCAAUCCUCCCACCCUUGCAACUCCCAACAGGUCUUCUUCCGUCUAUAGCAAUGACAGAAACGAGCUGGAUAGAGCUCCAACACUUCCACAUGAGGCCUCAGGAUGGAUCAGUGACGAGAGUUACUUUGACCAUUGGAUCGACCCCCGUGCGGACCCUGACUACAACCAGGGAGUAACGUACUAUCAAGUCGAAGACUCAAGCGAUGAAGACGGUGUGGGUGAGCUCGAUCGGGCACCGACAAUGUCCCAUGAGGCGGCCGAUGAUCACUCUUCCAGCAGUUCCGAGCUAGAUGAGCUUGACACCUCUCCGACAUUACCGCAUGAGGUCGGGAAUUCCAGCGAGAGUAAUGUAUUGACUGGAUCAGACGGCGCUUGCUCGGAGUGGCGUCCCACAGUAAUCACCAACAUGGACACUCGGCACAUUACCGGUGCUGGGGAUGCCUUAGGUUCGACAGACAGGACCAAUUCCUUUUCAAGCGAGCGUCUGCGAGAAGCGUUCAAAACUAGAAUUUUUGGAUCUACUCGCCGACCAAUGCUUUCGCGAGACGCCUUUGGUGAGAAUGAUAUCGACUUCGGAGGUGCGCCGUUACUUCCACAUGAGCGAACAGACCUACUGCCCGAUGGGCCAAACUGUGACGAUCCGAGCAGCAAGGGCGGCGGCCGGAGGCAGCGUACCGACGACAUUCCUGGGUUUCCACCGUUUGCGAGGCGUGCAACGUCCAGCAUCUUUCGCUCUGAGCGGAGCAACUUACCGCAUCGGAUGCCACGCUCUGACGAAGAUGACUUGGACCUUCGCGAUACUUCACUCGAGAUUUUCCCCAUGGAUCGCGAAGAGGUCAUUAGUCGCGUACGCGAUAUAGGCAAUCGUCUCCCAGAAGACUUGGUUCCAUCUCCGAUUGGCGAAGUCAGUUCUCCCGCCAUCGUGUCGCAUUCGGGCUCGUCUGUGAACCUCGCUCCCAUCCGGACUUCUUCCACGAUGUCCUUAAGAUCGAUUCGCGAGGACGCGUCGGAGGAUGGAGACCAACAAAUCCAGUUGGCUUCACCAGUGCUCAUGCUGGCGUCCCGUGUGCCUAAGCUCCCGUCGCCAUCAUCACCAAUUCUGAUUCCAAAGGGCGAAGACCUGCUCACGCCCAUGCCGCGAGAUCCGCGAGCUGAGUACUCUGAGAACGGAGGUCGUACUGCCAUCCCAAGGAGAGAUGCCCAUGCCACUGCACCGGCUGGUCGUCGCCGUGAUUCCAUAAAGAAGGACACCGGUGUCAUGCAUGACGGGGACGACGGUAUAGAUGACACCAUCUCCAAGCGAUACGGCAAAGUCUUCAGUACUGUGGCCUUACCUCCGGAGCCGCCCAAACCAUCGGCAAUCUCGUUUCUCCAACCUGAGGAGACGAAUGAGCAUGCGGAUGCAAGGGAGCGAUUCCCGACACCCUAUCCCCAAGAAGACUCUAGCGAUGACAAGGGAAACAAGGGCAGCAACAUCGCUCAAAAGAUCUGCGCCCAUUUCCGCGCGUGCUUCCCAUCGCGCAACGCGAGGUAA